CCCGUAAACUUUAAGCCGUCGCAUGGCGCGAUUCUUCAACAAGGUUAGAGAAUGUCCCAUAUUCACCGGAUGAACGUAACAGACUAUGCAAAUCCAAAAGAAGAAUUUCUUAAGGCGCUUAAUUAUGACUUUUCUUAGAACGGCUAGAUCGAAAAAAGAUAUUUGAAGGAACGCUAAAUUAAGAGGUGACUCUCGGUACUACAUUUCCCAGCGGCCCUUGCGACGAGAACGCAUUAAACACAGGAUAGGGCCGGACGGAACUAGUGAAGGCGGAAGCAGCUGCGUUGGAGUGGUCCUGUUUGUCCUCGAUAUUGAUAACACCAUGCAGCCAGAUGCAGACAAAACCAGGGUACGAAUUAGGAAACCGGACAUGGUUCUGUAUGUCCCAAGAGCAAGACGUGAGAUGGCAGUCUCAAAAAGUGGCCCUUCGGCGGCCACCAAAUGUGGGAGGGAGAGUCACUGCUCCACCACAGAAAAGGAGAGUGUUAAAGCCUGUGAGGCAGGACCAAACCCUAAAACUAGGAAAGGGCUGCUUCAGAAUGACCAGGGAAAUGCCAGGUCUCCUCAGAAAGAGAGAAGAACUUUUCCCCAGGACUCAAGCCAUAAUGAUGCUUUCUGCCAAAGGAACCAAGACACAAAGGCUCAGGGAGAGAAGAGUCCAAAGUUCCGUCAGAAGGCUACAUCACAUCACUUGUUCCCUUCUUCCAACUUCCCGGACUCAACUCUUACUGGAGUGAAUGAAACAGAGACACACGAGUGCUGUACUGCACAAUCAGCUGCCUCGGGGGAAAGAAUGGCAGAUUUCCAGCCAGAGAUUAGUGGUGUUAACAUCUCAUGGAAAAAUGAGCCUAUCUGCCCAUCAGAAAGGCAGGUCACCGACAGUACCAAGAGUGCAGUAGUUGUCUCAGAAGCAGUAGGAACGGGUGAAAGUGGUAUGCAGGAUUCCUUGGAACAGAAAAUGCUAAGCAAAGAUAGCAAGUUGCUUUUCAAGAACAACAGAACAAAGCCUUUAAGUAAAGGUGGUUCAGAAUUGACUGGAAUAAGUGAGAACAGUAUAUCUGGAACUGCAGGCCAGAGGAUUCCGGAGAACAUAGACACACAUAGUUCAUCCAUCUGCACAGAGGAAGGAAACUCUGAUUCAGCACACAUAAGUAACUGUGAUUUGCUGGAGCACAUUGAUAAAAGCAACCUCUUUCCUACGGAGAUAACCAAGUAUAAUAGAUGCAAAUGUACAGAGCAAAGCAACUCCAGUCGAACGGCAAUGAGUGACACUAGCGUCUUAGAAUGUGCUGUGGUAGAGCCAAAGGAAUGUAAUAGAGUUGAAGAUGCAGAAGAAGGUGUUCCCGCUUCAGCUCAAGCAAGGGAGCAUGGCAACAAGAACAAGAGUCCAGUUAGAUUUAUCUCUGAUCAGGUUGGAGUGGCUGCUGAUAGUCAUGAGAACAUUUCAAUUCAGGCGGAGACACAUAACCUCAUGGAGAAUGCAGAGCAGCCUCCAGAUAAUUCAAAUGUGUCUGUAGGUUUUAGUUGUUCAGACAGGACCUCUGAGAAGAUAGAUGAUCUACCCAAUUGUGUCGUUAGGGUAGCAGGUGAUGAAAAGUUACAGGCAGGGGAGAGAGAACAUGAUAAGGAGAAAAGCCUGUGUCGUGAGGCAGGCCAGUAUGAAUUUAAUACAUUUGAGGCAAAAGCUGCACUGACAACAGAGGAAAGCAUUUUGGACUUGGUUGACCAGAGCCCUGAGAGCAGAAGUCAUGUGGAGCCAAUUUGUCCUUCGAAGGAGGCUGCAUGCUGGCCUUUGCAAUCUGCCUCUGAGAAGAUGGCAUGUUGUCCAGUAAGCAUCCUGGAGAGAACAGGAGCACCCUUAGAAGGGGAAAAGCCAGCUUUGGGGGAACUUGAUACAAGCUUCCAGUAUCCCUCUGAAGGCAAAGGAGAAGAACCACCCGCAAAUCGUGUGCUAUCCAGUUCGGAAGAGGCCACUAACACCAGCACUGAUCCUGUAAGUCACAGCGAGGCUGACAACAUGGCAGAUGAGAGCUGGGAUGCCCUGUUUAAUGAUGAUGGGGAUUGCUUGGAUCCACAAUUACUGGAGCAGCUGUCUGCCUGCACUCUCCGUGGCACAAAGCUACAGGAGCCGCAUUUUGAUUAUUACAACUAUUCUCCAGCUGAUCAGGACAUGAGUGACUCUGAGCUGCCACAUGUCAUUGAAAUCUAUGACUUCCCACCAGAAUUCCGCACUGAGGAUCUGCUGUGUGUCUUCUGCCAUUACCAGAAAAAAGGCUUUGACAUUAAAUGGAUAGAUGACACACAUGCUUUGGGUAUCUUCUCCAGUCCCAUCACAGCGCGGGAUGCUCUCAGUACCAAACAUCUGAUGGUGAAAACCCGUCCCCUGUCACAGGCUACACCAGCUGCAAGGACCAAAGCCAGAGCUUAUGCGGAAUUCCUGCAACCUGCCAAAGAGCGUCCUGAAACCUCAGCUGCUCUGGCCAGGAGACUGGUGACAGGUGCCCUUGGUGUGCGAAGCAAGCAGAGCAAGGCCGAACGCGAAGCUGAACGCAAGCAGUUGCAAGCAGCUCGAGAGCGGAAGCUCUUGGAGGCCAAGCAAAAGGAAGAUGCCUGGGAAGGUCGUGAGUGAGUCAGCACCCAGUGCAAGAAGAAGGAAGUUGAACAGGCCUGCUUGAAAACCUCACAGAGUGGAACUGACAAAUGGCAGCUUGUGCUUACAGCAUUGAGGGACUCUACCAUCCCCUUUGGGGGAAGCAAUAAGAUACGGGGAGUUGGGAGUGCAUUGGAGUAUCCAGACAUGCCAGGGUGAGUCAUGUGAACUCAAGCUACUGGGCUGACUGGAAGGCUGUGACAGAGUGGGACUGGAGUCUGGCAGUAUCUCAGGAAGAGCUGCUGUAUUGUUAACAGUCCUGCCAGUGCUGUUCCGAACGCCAUAGAAUGUAAUCAAAAUGCACUCAUCACAUUAGUUUAAGGCAGCCUGGAUGCAGGGCCUAUCUGUGCUCUGGGUCACUGUGCUCAGUGGGAUGGGACUGAACUGUGAUAGCUUUUAGAUCAGACCCACCAGGAUGGCCAGGUGCCCAAUGCUGAGCUUGCUAUUAAAGUUGAUUUGAUUUUA